AUGGCCAAAAAAAAGGCACCCUCAAUCCACUCCCGCGCCGCUCGUCGCGCAACAGACAUCGACAUCGACACCGACAAGUCCCUAAAAGAAGUCAAACCUCCUCCCCGCGAUGCACCCCAUCGUCCUUCUGUUCUAGCAGCGCAACACUCCGCUGGUAUUACCAAGAAGGCCAAGCGCGGUCGCAAAGAGAAAAUGUCUGCAAAGGCUAGAAGACGUCAUGAGAAGGGUCUUGAGAUGGCUGCUGCUAUUGUGGAGCGUACCAAGAAUAAGGUUGAGAAGAGUAAGGGCCGGGGGAGGAAUAUUCAGCAGAGAAGUAAGAAUUGGGAUGAGAUCAACAGAGCUGCUGAGGAGGCUGAGGGUGCGGAGAGUGAUGAGGAGGUAAAGCAGCGUGGAGUCGAUGUGGAUGAGGAUAUGGAUGUUGCGGAAGAAGAGACGUCGACGGCACCUGUUGCAGAGGUCACCACUCCUGCAGCGGUACCUCUACCUGCGGAUGACGACGGUGAUGAGAUCCUAUAG